AUGGACCCGGCGGAGGCCGUGCUGCAGGAGAAGGCCCUGAAGUUCAUGGUGAGGGGCGGCGGGGCCCCUGAUAAUCAGCUGAACAUGAGCUCCCAGUAUGACACUGUCGCCAAAAGAGCUAAUGAGAUCCUGGGAUGCAUAAACAGGGGAAUCUCAAGAAACAGGCAGAGCUUCCAUGAGAUGCUGGUGGACAUUUCCAUGCAUUUUCUGACUCACCAAAGGUACCAGAUGGAUUUCAUCAUGGAGGAGGAGGCAGAGGAGGAACAGUACCCUGGCAUGGCAGACUUGCACUGGCAGAUGCUGCUCAGUACAAUCAGCAUAGCCGCUGAUGCCCCCUACAAGUGGGUUGGUAUAACCUCCUGGAAGCUGGCUACCUCAUACUGCUACAGGUUUGUUGCCUACCAGUUUGAUGAUGGAGAGUUGACGGUGGUUAAAGUGGUAGCAGAGGUUUCUGAGGCAAUCAGGCAUGUGGUUUACUCCAAAGUGGCGGGCAUUCAAGAUAUUCUGGAGCCCCGAAUACACAUGCCCAAAGAUGGAUUCCAACUUACAUCUUCUGGAUACCAAGCAUGGCUAAAGCAGUGCUCUAUGCCCAGAUCUCUGUGGCUGGGCUGCUCCAGCCUGGCGGACAGCAUGUCCUCGCUGCGAUGCCUGUAUAACCCAGGGACUGGCGCACUCACAGCUUUCCAGAAUUCCUCAGAGCGAGAAGACUGUAAUAAUGACGAGCCCCCUAGGAAGAUCAUUCCAGAGAAGAAUUCACUUAGACAGACCUACAACAGCUGUGCCAGACUGUGCUUAAACCAAGAAACAGUAUGUCUAGCGAGCACUGCUAUGAAGACUGAAAAUUGUGUGGCCAAAACAAAACUUGCCAAUGGCACUUCCAGCAUGAUUGUGCCCAAACAAAGGAAGCUGUCUGCAAGCUAUGAGAAAGAGAAGGAGCUGUGCGUCAAGUAUUUUGAACAGUGGUCCGAGUCCGAUCAAGUGGAGUUUGUGGAACAUCUCAUCUCCCAGAUGUGUCAUUAUCAGCACGGACAUAUAAACUCGUACCUCAAACCUAUGUUACAGAGGGACUUCAUCACUGCACUGCCAGCUCGGGGUUUGGAUCACAUUGCCGAGAACAUACUGUCGUACCUGGAUGCCAAAUCGUUAUGUGCUGCCGAGCUGGUGUGUAAGGAGUGGUACCGGGUGACAUCUGAUGGCAUGCUGUGGAAGAAACUUAUCGAGAGAAUGGUCAGGACAGACUCGCUGUGGAGAGGGUUGGCAGAGAGGAGAGGAUGGGGACAGUAUCUAUUUAAAAAUAAGCCACCUGAUGGGAAUACCCCACCCAACUCCUUCUAUAGAGCACUUUAUCCAAAAAUUAUACAGGACAUAGAGACAAUAGAAUCAAACUGGCGGUGUGGAAGGCACAGUUUACAGAGAAUCCACUGCCGGAGUGAAACUAGCAAAGGGGUUUAUUGUUUACAGUAUGACGAUCAGAAGAUAGUAAGUGGCCUGCGAGACAACACUAUCAAGAUCUGGGAUAAGAAUACAUUGGAAUGCAAGCGAAUUCUGACUGGACACACGGGUUCCGUCUUGUGCCUACAGUAUGACGAGCGGGUGAUCAUUACUGGAUCUUCUGAUUCAACCGUCAGGGUGUGGGACGUCAAUACCGGCGAGAUGCUAAACACGCUGAUUCACCACUGCGAAGCAGUACUGCACCUGCGCUUUAACAAUGGCAUGAUGGUGACUUGUUCCAAAGACCGUUCCAUUGCUGUCUGGGACAUGGCUUCCCCGACAGACAUCACCCUGCGACGGGUCCUGGUAGGACACAGAGCUGCUGUCAACGUAGUGGACUUUGAUGACAAGUACAUUGUGUCAGCAUCAGGUGAUAGGACUAUAAAGGUCUGGAACACUAGUACCUGCGAGUUCGUGCGCACCUUAAAUGGCCACAAACGAGGCAUCGCGUGUCUGCAGUACAGAGAUCGGCUAGUAGUGAGUGGCUCUUCAGAUAACACUAUCAGGUUAUGGGAUAUAGAGUGCGGGGCAUGUUUACGAGUACUGGAAGGCCAUGAGGAGUUGGUGAGAUGCAUACGCUUCGAUAACAAGAGGAUAGUCAGCGGGGCAUAUGAUGGGAAAAUUAAAGUGUGGGAUCUUGUGGCUGCUCUGGACCCUCGCGCUCCAGCUGGGACCCUCUGUCUGCGAACCCUCGUGGAGCAUUCUGGGAGAGUCUUUCGACUCCAGUUCGACGAAUUCCAGAUCAUCAGCAGCUCGCACGAUGACACAAUCCUCAUGUGGGACUUCCUGAAUGACCCAGCUGCCCAAGCAGAAUCGACCCGCUCCCCGUCCAGAACGUACACCUACAUCUCCAGAUAAAUAACAGUACACUGUACCUCACGCGCGCACAGAACUCGUUUAAGCUGCAGUAUUUAAAUUAUCUGCCAAUGCCGGGACAAAAGAACUAUCCACGUAACCAAUCCUUGCGGAAGAGAGAGGCUCUCGGAUUCAUUUCUGGAACAAAGUUGGCAUGCGGUUGAUCUCCGACAGGGUCUGCUCAGUGCAGCUGACUGCUGAAGUGCUGCUAUAUCAGAAGAUGUCUUUGGUCUUUCAUGAACGAUUAACAUUUUUAAACCACCCCUCUUCCUUUUCCCCUCUGCCUAGCCACUCCCCUCCCCACUUCCCUGUUUUUUCCCUCUUGUCCCAGUCACAGAUGUCCUAUAAAUAUAUUUAACGUGUUGCCAGAAUUUGUUGCUUUGGUGUUAAACAGAAGAAUCAUUGCCACUGUGCAUCCUGCUGAGAGUCCUUCCGGGUUGGGGGGAAGGGGCUGCUGCUUAGAAUAUUAAACAACAUCAUUGCCGGGCUUUUGUAAGACCAUGUAACUGCUGACUCUGAAAAGCAACAAACACCGUGCUGGAGAGGAGGUGAGAGCCCCUGCUGCCUUUGGGCCUUGUGUCUGGAAACUGGGGCUUGUGGAGCUAUUGGGCAUCUGAAGCUGACAGUUUGGAGCCAAAUCCACCUUUUGCUUUCUUCUCUUGCUUGUCCCUCUAACCCUUUGGAGGCUGGAUGUGUAUUGCAAUUUCCCUCCGCAGUCAUUGGGCUGCCAGUCUGGGCAGUGCCAGUCAACAAAAGGUUAAACUGGCUUCUGCCAAAGUCCCAAGUCCAGUAUUGCCUGGGGGUGGGAAUCAGUUCCUGAAGGGUAUGGGGCAGUAUUUCACUAUCAAAGACAUUAUCUGGACCCAGGGCAGGGUUCCGUUUCUCCUGCUAUUGGCCCUGAAGACAGUAUGGAUUUUGUUAAUGGUUUAAGAUUUGUACUUCUGCUUAGAUAGAAACAUGAGGCUGGGGUGGGGAGAAGACUCUGGCACCUCUUUCCUCGUCCCCCAGGAGAUGUCACAGCCAGAGGAUGGAAGAGGGAGCUGCAGAGGACCUUGUUAGCCCAGCUUUGGAGGGCUUUUGUGGCUGACCAUAUCCCUAAAUAAGAAUAUAAGAGCUGCUGUAGUGGGUCAGAUGAGAGGUCCAUCUAGCCCAAUAUCCUGUCUCCGACAGUGGCCAGCGUGGUGCACUGUGACCCAGGAGGGGAUGGCUGGGUUGGGUCCUGUGGCUGAUAGGACAGAUACAGCCAGUUGACCGGGGCAGGCCGCGUGUGUUUUCUCAUUGGUUUAACCAGUGGGAUUGGCUGUCUUGGCCAGUUGGCUGUACCUCUAGGCCAGCUCUGCCGUAUUUCUGGGGCUGGCGCCGCCGGUCCCCAGUGCGGGUGAGGGAGAUGAGUCGUGUGACCUUUCUGAGCCCCAACCUUCUCUGCACCGCAGUUUAGGAACAGGACGAUAAUUAACCCGCGUACUGAUCAUCACCCUGAAUCAUCACACACUAGCCGAGACCUUUGAGAACCACCAUGGCUCAGAAUGGAGAGCACCCCGCUGACAGGCAGGGCGUGAGGAGCGACUCUCCAUGUCACAGCCAGUCAGCUAGACCGAAAGAGCCAGUGGGGGACCCCGCAGGCGCUGGCUUCCCCACUGCAGUGGGAACAGCCACCUGAGAGGCCUUGCUUUUGGAAGAGGAAGGGUUAAAUAAAAUAAUCUCCAGUCAUUCCAACCUCAGUUUAAGGUCUGUCAAAAUUACUGGUACAAACUUUAGGCCCAGUUCACCCACUGCAUCGCCUUCACUGGGAGUUAGUCCCAUCCUGCACUGGGAAACUAGAGCCCUUUAUCUCCUCAACUCUAAGGUUGGAACUUGGCAGAUGGGAGAUUUGACUGGUACGUUCUCACCAGCCUUGCUCUGCUGGGGGUCACGAUUGCGUCACUAACUAGCUUUGCCGUCCUUUUUCCACCAGCAACGUUUUGCAAGCGACUAGGUGACUCAAGAGGAGCUAGCCGAUGGGAAGGCAGUGGAGACAUUGGAAGGUAGCUGGCAGAGCUCAGAGUACUCAGAACAGCUCCAAAGGAGCGUGAGAAUCAGUGCGAAAAGAAACACCCAGCUCCCAUAUGUCUUCAGGAGGGCCUCUCUUAGUCAGAGCUGGUCAUUGACACGCCUCCUACUUUCUGUUUGUUUAAAUUAUUAUUGUAAAAAGAGCAAAAUAAACGAACUCCGUUCAGAGAACAUUCGUGGCCUGACUCAGACUGGCAGAGGCAAAGAAAUGCUGAGUCAAGACCGAAAGCUUAUCCUUAAUACUAGGCGGAACUAUUGCAGAGGUCAUUGGCUGCUGGGUGAUCAGACAGGUCAGACCGACUGGAUCCCCAAAGCAUGGGCGGAGACGGGUGGAGCAUAUUUUUCACUCUGAAUUGCUCCUGCUGAAGGUGGAGUUCCAAGUCUCAUCCUUAAUGUUGUUUGAACACGGCUCCUUUUGGUGCGGUUGUUACCAAACUGCAGUGUGGCUGUGAGAGAGUGGACAGUUACAUGGAGCUGGCUGCAGACGCAACAGCUUUUCUUUCCUCCGUUUGUCUUGUCACUUUUCGGCUACAGGCUGUGCUAGACGAUCAUGACUCUUCGCCUUGGAUGCGACAGGUUCUCACCGUUUUAUCAGUGUCCUUGGGGGCGGUGCCUGCUAGUGUGGAGUUUGUUUUGCUAGUUGUGAGGACUUGGGGAGAUCCAGAAUGCUUCCUGGCCAAACAUGGAGACAACACUGUUGCAAAUCAUCUUUGGUUGUCCUAGCCCUGCUGUUCCAUGCUGCUAUUUUGAAACUUCUAAGCACUGCUGGGUUUUUAAGUGAUACCAGAGUUGUAAUUCUGCUGUAUAAAUCUGUUUGUAAGGUACAGUGUGUGAGCAACUGCUGCAAUAUUUUUAUUUUAUUUUAUUGGCGUGUGGUAGAGUGAUGUUUGACUCUUCAGGAGGGACUAUGUCUGGGGACUUAAAUACAGAAUGGCUCAAUGGAGAAUCCUGCCCCAACCCUCAAGUUGUACAAAGUCCUACCCCAGCCGCCAAGUUCCUUCUGAUGUCUAAGAAGGAAACUGAUCUAAGAAACUCAAAUCUGCCACAGCUCCCAGCCUUGGGGUCAUCUGCUGUUCAGCAUAGCAGGAAUAAUAUGGUUAUUAGACCUUCAUGUCAAGAGAAAGGUGGCUUUCUACCUUGUCCACUAAGGAGCUGUGCCUGAAGAUUUCAACGUGAAUUGACUGCGUAAUCCCCAGCAGGGCUGGAGUAAAUGCAG